AUGCCCCCCAAGAUCGACCCCAAUGAGAUCAAGGUGAUCCACCUCCGUGCCACCGGUGGUGAGGUCGGUGCCUCUUCCGCUCUGGCUCCCAAGAUCGGUCCUCUCGGUCUGUCGCCCAAGAAGGUCGGAGAAGAUAUCGCCAAGGCCACUGGCGACUGGAAGGGUCUGCGCGUCACCGUCAAGCUCACCAUCCAGAACCGUCAGGCCGCCGUCUCGGUCGUGCCUACCGCCUCUUCGCUCAUCAUCCGGGCCCUCAAGGAGCCUCCGCGUGACCGCAAGAAGGAGAAGAACAUCAAGCACAACAAGUCCGUUGCCCUCGAUGAGAUCAUCGAGAUUGCCCGGACGAUGCGCUUCAAGUCCUUCUCCAAGGACCUCAAGGGUACCGUCAAGGAGAUCCUCGGUACUGCCUUCAGCGUCGGCUGCCAGGUCGAUGGCCGGAGCCCCAAGGACAUCCAGGACGACAUUGAGAGCGGCGAGAUUGAGAUCCCUGAGGAGUAA